AUGGCAGAGAAUGACGUUGACAACGAGCUCUUAGACUACGAAGAUGAUGAAGUGGAGACAGUGGCUGGGGGAGAUGGCACCGAAGCACCUGCCAAGAAAGACGUCAAGGACUCCUACGUCUCCAUCCACAGCUCCGGCUUCCGAGACUUCCUGCUCAAGCCAGAGCUGCUCCGGGCCAUUGUAGACUGUGGCUUUGAGCAUCCAUCAGAAGUUCAGCACGAAUGCAUCCCUCAGGCCAUUCUGGGGAUGGAUGUCCUGUGCCAGGCCAAGUCGGGCAUGGGGAAGACAGCAGUGUUUGUCCUGGCCACACUGCAGCAGCUGGAGCCAAUCACUGGGCAGGUGUCUGUGCUGGUGAUGUGUCACACUAGGGAGUUGGCCUUUCAGAUCAGCAAGGAGUACGAGCGCUUCUCAAAGUACAUGCCGAACGCCAAGGUGGCAGUGUUUUUUGGCGGUCUGUCUAUCAAGAAGGAUGAAGAGGUGCUGAAGAAGAACUGCCCACACAUCGUCGUGGGGACUCCCGGCCGAAUUCUAGCCCUGGCUCGAAAUAAGAGCCUGAACCUCAAGCACAUUAAACACUUUAUCUUGGACGAGUGUGACAAGAUGCUUGAACAGCUCGACAUGCGUCGGGAUGUCCAGGAAAUCUUUCGCAUGACCCCCCAUGAGAAGCAGGUCAUGAUGUUCAAUGCCACCUUGAGCAAAGAGAUCCGGCCAGUCUGCCACAAGUUCAUGGAAGAUCCUAUGGAGAUCUUCGUGGAUGACGAGACCAAGUUGACGCUGCACGGGUUGCAGCAAUACUACGUGAAAUUGAAGGACAAUGAGAAGAACCGGAAGUUUUUUGAUCUUCUCGAUGUCCUCGAGUUCAACCAGGUGGUGAUCUUUGAGAAGUCCGUGCAGUGCUGCAUUGCCCUGGCCCAGCUUCUAGUGGAGCAGAACUUCCCAGCCAUUGCGAUCCACCGUGGGAUGCCCCAGGAGGAGAGGCCCUCUCGGUAUCAGCAGUUCGAGGAUUUCCAGCGGCGGAUUCUUGUGGCUACCAACCUGUUUGGCCGAGGCAUGGACAUUGAACGUGUGAACAUCGCCUUCAACUAUGACAUGCCAGAGGACUCGGACACCUACCUGCACCAGGUGGCCAGGGCAGGCCGGUUUGGCACCAAGGGCUUGGCUAUCACAUUUGUGUCAGAUGAGAAUGAUGCUAAGAUCCUCAAUGACGUGCAGGACCACUUUGAGGUGAACAUCAGUGAACUACCUGAUGAGAUUGACAUCUCCUCCUAUAUUGAGCAGACGCAGUAGAGAAAUCACCCAGUCUGGAGUGUGGCCGUCUCUUGAGUUAGAAGAGGACACCAGGGAUCAGGGUGGAGACACCACUGUCCCCCGCCCCUGCCAGCCCUCACCCUAUCCUGCCCA